GAAGGAAGCUUUACGACAGUACGUCAGGUCAAUAUUGACGGUAAAGUCAAUUUGAGUAAACGAACAGGUCGACUUUGUAACUCGCGGUGCCGCUGGUUCAGCCGUGUACAUGUUUCCCCCCUUGUCCCGUUAUGUGGGUGUUCGGUUACGGCUCUCUGAUAUGGAAGGUGGAUUUUCCUUACGAGGAAAAGCGGGUCGGUUUCAUAAAAGGCUUCAGCCGUCGGUUCUGGCAGGGCAGCACCGACCACCGGGGAGUACCGGGGAAGCCUGGUCGUGUUGUCACACUUGUAGAGGAUCCAGAGGGAUGCGUUUGGGGCGUUGCUUACAAGCUGCCGAUGGGCCGUGAACAGGAGGUGAAGCGCUACCUGGACUACCGGGAAAAAGGUGGCUACAAGGUGAUGACGGUGACCUUUUAUCCCCGUCCGCCGUCUGCUCCUCUGCCCAGUGAGACGCUGCUCUACAUUGGCUCUGAGGACAAUCCAAACUAUCUUGGGCCCGCCCCUCUGGAGGAGAUAGCCAACCAGAUCAUCAGCUCCGCUGGUCCAAGCGGACAGAACAGAGAGUACCUGUUUCAGCUGGCUGACGCUGUGAGGACAAUUCUGCCUGAGGACUCUGACACGCACCUGUUUUCUCUGGAAUCCUUAGUGAGGGAAAGAAUGCAGAAUGUGGAAAAACAUUGAGACACUUAUACGGAUUGAGUCAUUAUCUUAUGAAAUAAUCAGACUUAAUUUGUGGUGAUGACAUGCUGGAUAUGUUGAAGCAUCUCAGGGGUUAAGAUGCAAAUGUUCCUCACUUGCCUAUAAGCUAUUCCUGCUUUUUAUCCCUGCCUGCAUUGGAUAAAUCAACAAAAUUACACUUUUACUCCACAACAAGACUAAAAUCAUCACAUUUAUAUGACAUGUAGCAAAAACUGCUUGACAAUAGAAAACUGUAAGUGGCAUCCAGACUACACAUUGAAUAAUCACAAAAUGUGCUUUGGAUAAACUUGUUGCAAACAGAAGUCAACAGAA